UACGAAAAAUACGAAAAAAGUGAAUUCUUUGUCAAACAAUUGAAUCUGUUUAUUUAUUGUAUAUUUUAUUAUCUCAAGCAAAUACCAAUUUCUACCGAUUCAAGUUAAAAUAUUCAAGAUGCCUGAGAUACUUAAUACUAUACCGCCGCUAUCAUUGACCAUUGAGAAUCUAAGCGAAACGGAUGGUAUCGCCACCGAUCGCUCGACCACUCCAGAUAGCGCUACGCCUAGUACAAGUGGUAGCCGGAGACCUUCCCUUGAGCACAUGAUUAAACGGAAUCCACAUCAAGCGAGCAGCGCGCAGAAUAAGAAGACACGCAGAUCUAUUUUUCGGCGGAAUCAGAAGAAGGCGCCAUUAAAAGUUGGUUCACCACAAAAGUGCACGACUGCCAUCUGCCAGAAAUCUCAAAUUCCUCGUGCCUUGUUGCUCACGCGGUCCUCGUCGUCAGCAUCGCUUAUCACCAACGUUUCGCGCAAUAUAUCAGCAGAGUCAAAUGCCAAAGAAGAUAAAGUUGAGAGCAAGACUUUAAAACCAGUCGCUGCAAACGCUUUUGAUGUACAGCCACCACACACCACCGCUGAUAACUUGGUCGUAGCCCACCAACACAGCGGCAGCAAUAUUUUCACUAACAUCGACAUUGUAGCGACAACCUCAAAGACCCCCGCCACCCAGGUUUCUUUGCAACGACAGUAUACAGCUGCCGUACUCAAUUUCCAAAUCCGUAAAUCUGUUACACAAAUGGAUUUGAAGCGCACACGACGUGACUACCUCAAGAACCGCCAAGUGCUAGCUUCGACGCAGUCACCAUCUAUAAGUGGACUCUCGCAGGGCUCCAGAGCUUUGAUGGCGAAUGAUAACAACGCCGAUAUAGCUGGCGUGAUGGGAGCCUCAAGUCAAUCAUCACUGGUGAACAAAAUUUUCGACCAAAACAGUUACUAUUACGUGAUACAGGAUCAAAAUUCUAAGGUUGCUGGCAUGCGCAUUUUCGCAACCAUUAUGCUGAACGCUUGGCGGAAACGCCGUGACGAGGUUAAACGUCUUAUGGAGGAAGUCAACGAUCUGAAGCGUGGUUCAAUAAAAGCCAAAAACCAAUUACACGUUUUCAAUACACUCUUUCGCGUUGAGCAAAAACGGAACGAUGAUCUCAGUCUUCAGUUGAAACGCUCUCUAGACGAUAUCAAUAAUACAAAAUCUUCUUGCGAGAGUCUCACCACUUCGCUUAUCAGUCUAAAGGCGGACAAAGCAUUGCUCGAACAGCAGAUUCAAAUAAAAGAACAGGAAUUUGAUGGUAUCAAUGCGAUACUAACCCAGACUAAAUCCGAUUUAUUUAAAGCUAUGACCCAACAACGAGAGCUGCAGGCUAAUUUGUCUACCGAGCAACGCAAGGUGCAGGCGUUAGAAGCACAGAAAAACGAGCUGAUUAACGAGAUUUGCGAAAUUAACAACGAAUCAUUGUGGAAGGAGGAGAAACUACGGACUGAGAUGAAAGAGAAAGAUGAUGCUGUGGCAAUGGCGUUGACUAAGAUCGAGUCACUCGAAUUAGAGAUCUCUGCGCAGAGACA